UGAAAUGGAAUUGUUGUUUUUCUCUACUUUUUCUCUGAUUUACAUUAUAUUUUAUUAUAUUUCUAUGAAAGAAAUGUGAGAAUAAGUGAUUAUUAAUAUAAAUCAAUAUUUAAUAUUAUCAAUUCAAGAUGAAUAGUGCAUAUACAUUUAUUGCAAUGCUUCUUCUACCACAUAUUGUGACUCCAGAACAGAGCUCAGUGUAUGAAUAUGGACCUGAAGAUUUUAAAAGGCAAAUAGAAAUAUUGGAUGGAAACUUUAUUAUGUUCUAUGCCCCCUGGUGCAGGCAUUGCACAGAAUUUUAUCCAACUUGGUCGGAGCUAGGAGAACACAUCAACUCUAGAGGUACCAAUUUUGCAAUCGCUCGUGUGGACUGUACGAAACACGCCAGACUCUGUCAUGAAGUUGAUAUCACAGGAUAUCCAACACUACUUUUCUUUCACAAAAAAUCAUUUACACCCAUUGAAUAUAAAGGUGCAAGGGAUUUGCCAUCAUUGAGUCACUUUUUAAAUGAACUUUUUGAUGAAUCAGCAAAGAAAUCACAGUUAGAAUCGGAAAAAAUUGAAGUUACAACAUAUGGUGGAAGGGCAUUUUUAAAUGACAAUAACAUUGAAAAAUUUGUCUCAAAAGGCCAACAUUUUAUAAUGUUUUAUGUCCCAUGGUGUAAAGUGUCACAGAGCCUAGCUCCAAUUUGGGCAAAACUUGCUAAGGUAUACGAGGAAAAUCCAUACAUUGAAAUUGGCCAAGUUAACUGUAUAGAAAAUGAAGUAACAUGCAGGAACUUUGAUGUAAAAGAAUAUCCCUAUUUAGUUUGGAUGGUUAAUGGAAGAAUAAUGGGCAUAGCAAAUGAACACAAUCUAGAAGGCCUCAAAGAGUAUGUUGAAAAAAUGUUAUUGGCUGAAAAUCAUGAUCCAGAUAAGUUUAUGAAGAAGAAAAAAGCAUUCCCAGUUGCUAGGAUAUCAGAAGAAACAUUUGAAACAUUUUUGCAGAAGGAAUUAGUUUUUGUUAAUUAUUUUGCUCCAUGGUGUGCGCAUUGUAUGCAGCUUAACCCUCUCUGGAUAAAGUUAGGAGAAAGAUUCCAAAAUGAAUCCAGGGUGAUCAUAGCAGAUAUUGACUGUGGGAGAUCAAAAACUAUAUGUGAAGUGGAAAAGAUCAAUGGUCUCCCCACUUUAGUAUUGUAUAAGAAUAAGGAAAUAGUGAGUGUGGAAAACGGUGGUCAACCAUUGGACAGUCUCAUAUCUUUGGUCAGCGAGCACCUGGCCUCUGAUGAUGCAGAGGAGAGUGAUGCCAAACAACCAACCAAAGAUGAACUGUAAUAGGCAUAGGUACUAUAAUAAACUAUUCCAAACAUU